CUACGCACCAGUCAGCAGCGCGCUACAAAACCAAUGAGCGAAUGAUGGCGUUGGACGAUGAAACAUAACCUAUCACUGUGACCCGAACAAGCGUGUCAGCAAAGUUUCAUUCGCGUUGCAUCGAUUUUUCCACGUGAAGGACGCAACAAAAUCGCGAGUUGCGUUGAGCAAAUCGAUCGACUGGCAUGUCAGGUUGGAUCAACGGCGCAAUACGAUCUGGCCCGUGCGCGAUGAACGCCUAAUUACAGCAUACAUCGGCUUACGCGUACAUUGCGCAUCCGUCACGAAGAAUGGCCUCCCCGAAGCGCGGAGAGCAAUGAACCAGUUAUUAUGUUGCCAUCGACCGGUUACUUCAAGACGAUAAAUUGCCCGUUUUAUGACAGCGGAUCGUGCGAUCGUCCCUAUUGUCAUUUCAAGCACGCUAGACGAGAAGAUGGAGGAAGCUCAACAGGAGUGGCUGAAGUGGUGGAGGCCCAGACAACAGGCCAAACGCAGGAGAACAAAGCCACCGCUGUGGUGGCAUCAAAUUCCGACAUGUUGCAACACCUAGUGACAGAAGCUGUGAAGAAGGUGCUCGCGGACAAGGAGGUCACAGUCGUGGAGAAGUUUCCUGAGAAUAUCGUCUCUCAAGUGGUCGAGGAGCUUAAGCCGACUUUGGCCUCCAGCUCGACUGCCUCUAUACGCAAUAUUACGCCAAAUAUAAUAGGGAAGCACAUUACAAUUCCCACGCCUAUCACAAAGCCAGUAACAUGCGUCUACAAUCCUACGCCAAUAGCAGAACUAAAAAAACGGCAUAUACCUGUGAUCUCAUACAUGCCGACCAGGGAGAGUAGAGUGGCUGUGAAACGUAAGUGCUCUCCUGAGAGGGUUAAACCGUGGUUGAGUGUAAUUCAGGAGUCCAGUACUUCUCAACAGUCGGAGAUUACGUAUAAACCCACUGCUAUAGUCAACACGACUGAUCAGGAUGCCGUGCCAGAUUACGUGCCCACUUUCAAGUCGGACUCGUCUACGUCGAAUUCAUACGAUGACGGUAACUCGAACGAUUAUCAGUCGAAAUUUAAAGAAGCGUAUUACCCAAGAUCCAAGAAGAGGAGGGAGGAAUAUGUUCCCAAGAUGGUUAAAACACCGUUGAAAACAGCUCAACAACUGGACGAUGUUACCAUGGAUCAAUUCGAGUCGGAAUUUGAUAUGAUCGACGAGAUCUUUACUUCCAGUCACAUCGUAUCUAAUACAUCGGGACAGGCCAAGGUGUUGUCCAGUGAAGACUCGCAAGAUUACUCUUUGGAUAUUGAACCUAAAUUCUCGGAUGAUGAACUGGUUGAAGACAUACCCAAAGACAAAGAUGAUGCAAGCGUCAAGAAGGCUGAACAAGCUGCGGAUGUGAGCGAGAAAGAGAAGAAGAAUUUGCAACAUGCAAAGAUUGAUGAGCAAAUAAGCAAUAAAGAUAAUAAGAUACACAACAAUCAUUACGAUGCUAAAACGGGUGAUACAAAAAGUAGCGAUAAAUCUAAGCAAUAUAAGGAAAAUGAUGCUAAAUCGUCGGAUAAAAGGAAAGAAGGUAUUAAAGAGGACGCCGAUAAAGAGAAAGAAAUACACAAGAGUCAUAGUAAAAGUAAGAAAAAAGAUAGAAGAGAACAUCACAGUUCUGAAGGAAGAGACAGAGACAAAUCUGGGAAUAAAUCGGAUUCUAGAAGCGGGCAUCGUUCCUUCUCCAGUAAAGACAAUGAUAAAAGGAGAAGCAGCCGUGACAGUAAGGAAUCUUCACAUAAAGAUAAAGAACACUCGCGACGGGAUAAACGGAGUGGUUCUCCGAAGAAAGAUCGAGGUGACCACCAUAAGUCUAGCCGGCACGACAAACAUAGAUCCAAAACGAGCUCGUCUAGUUCCAAGUCGAGCAAACACACGUCGAGCAAAAGUGAUAAGAAACAUCGUUCAGACUCGAGUCGAAGACCUAGCACUUCCAGGAAAUCUAGCGAACACAAAGAGAGUAAUAGCGAGAGAAACUCAUCUGAUGGUUCUGAUGAUAGCCCUUUGAACAAUAUUCAUCCUUUCGCAGACGACGACAUUCUAGAAAUAUCAGAUUCUGAUCAUGAUGUGCAGGAAGAAUGCUUAAAAAUUUUUCAGGAAUAUCAAGUCUCUGAUCAUCCAAAAGUAGUAUCAGUCAAAGAAUCGUCGAAACGUGAACCUGAUAAUGUGGAGGAAGUUGGUAGGAAGAGAGUCGCGCAUCCCUCGGCGACCACGAGCAUCACCAAACACGUAGGUCCUAGUCAACCACCGAAGAAAUUAAUAACUCCGCAGCAGAAAAUGUAUGAACGAUGGCGUCUAAUGAGAGAAGCAGUGGUCGAGAAGGCCGCGGAAAGGGCGGCAGCUGAUACAAAGACUCAAGUUACAUCUACAUUAGCGCUUCAACUCUCCAGUAAAAUACGCAAAGAGCACACCGAGUCAACCUCGUCGAUAAGCAACAAUUACUCUCAGCUAAAUGGAAAUGGUCGCGUUAGAAUCGCUCAUGUUCCAUACGCGCAGUCUCUUGCGAUGGAAAAGAAGAAAGUUACAAUGAUAUCGACAAAAAGCAAAGAAACGGACAGUAAAACAACGGCACAAACCACAAAGGGUGGUGUACGCGUCGCUCACGUUCCACAAUCGAUACCUCAAUUAAUACGGCCAGAACCACUGCAAGUCGCCACUCAGAAAUUUCCUUUGAAUGUUCGUCAGUAUUAUAUUAAUACUAUGCACGAUAUAUGCGUGCAGAUUUAUACGAAGAGUGACGACGCAGCCGAACGUGCUGUAAAAGAAGAAUUUGCGUGUCACGAGAGGUGUAAGGCUCUCCCGGUAUAUAAAAAUGCGUGUACAUUAGCAAUUCAUAGAUUGAGAAAAGAGGUCGACCAGAGUAGAUCGGGCGAGAAGUUUACUGGAUCAAGUUGCGGCGUGGUAUCUCACGAAGCUAUGCUUGCCGGCAAGUCGAAAGGUUCCUGGAGCGUAGUUAAGACCAAAAGAAGUGUUGUAGAUUAUAAAGGAUCUGCACUGUACAAUAUGCUCAAGAAGUGGAUCAUAACAGAGGAUCAACUUAGAGAAAACGGUUUUCCACGCAGUCAUCCGGAUGGUCCAAAGGGACGAGCGAAAGUGUACGUAAUAAAUUCACGAAACCAAAAUAUUUUGUCAAAAGUGCCUAACGAAAGAAUAUGUAGCCGCUGUGGUCAAGCGUACAUGGUAGAUAGACAUGGCCUCGCUUUGCAGCAACAAAACUGUAUAUAUCACUGGGGAAGAAAGUUUACAAUCAGAGGCGAGGGCAAGUAUAGUUGUUGCCAGCAAUACGGAUCCGCCUCUGGUUGUUGUGACGCGAAGACGCACGUGUGGGACUAUACGGACUAUGAGAAUCUUCGCGGUUACAUUAAAACUUUACCGAAAGAUAUUGCUGUGGAGGAACAAGGCGUUUACGCGCUCGAUUGUGAAAUGUGCUACACUACGUGUGGUUUAGAAUUAACCAGAGUGACAGUUAUUAACGACGAUUGCAACGUCAUAUAUGAAACUUUGGUGAAACCGCAGAAUCCAAUAAUCGAUUAUAACACGAGGUUCUCAGGAAUUACAGAAGAAGACAUGAAGGACGUGACGACGACUCUUUUAGACGUACAGGCUACACUUCUCACAAUGUUCUCUGACAAAACAAUUUUAGUGGGUCAUAGCCUUGAAAGCGAUUUUAAAGCUCUAAGAUUACUUCAUGAUACCGUCGUGGACACCAGUGUUAUGUUCCCGCAUAAAAAUGGAUACCCGCAAAAACGAGCGUUGAAAAAUCUUUGUUCCGAGUAUCUCAGAAAGCUCAUACAAAAUGAUGUCGGUGGCCACGACAGUAAAGAGGAUGCUGUCGCUUGUAUGGAAUUAAUUUUGUGGAAAGUGAAGGAAGAAGCAAAAUUGCAGUAAAAAGAACUGUAUUCAUAGAUUUGGAGAACGCAAAAACAAUAUCAUUGCGUUUGCUGUACAUCAAUACAAUCUAACUCUUUUGUAAUGUGCGCUGGAUGGUACAUACUUUACUGCCGUAUGUAUUAUAUCUUAUGUAUAAAUAUGUAAUAUAUACACACUCACACACUACGUCUGCUUGAGACCUCUUUUCAGGCAAAAUUCGGGAUUGUGUAGCUGAUAAGAUUCAUACCCACGACAUGAACUCUUGACAUUUAUUAAAAUACAAGUAGAGCGUCAUUUGCUAGUGGAGAAUCGACGUGAGAUUUCGCCGAUUUCGAUAUGUAGCAAUGGGCUCGUUAAAUUAUUCUCGAAUAUAUGGCCGAAAUCUCGAAUUAUUUCGUAAAUCAUUCGAAAUCACAAAUUCUUGAGGGUCUUGAAAAGAUCAGCUAUAAAACUAUUGUUCACAUGACUAUUAGCCACAUUAUUGUCACAGUGGUGUUAAUUUAAUUGUGUACAUAUAUGUACAUAUACAUAAGUCUACUAUUAAAAUUUACUAGACCUCUGUUAUCGAUACAUAAGCAUUCAAGAAUUUUCAGUUUAGAAUAACAUUUUCGAUUAAAUUGCUUGAAGGAUGUAAAUGUGAAUGCCCAGUACUAUCGAUAUGCGCAUCACGAUAUUUCGAUUCAUAUUUUUGUACUUCGUUAUUAUUACUUAUUUAUACUUUAGAGCAUUAAAGAAAUGAAACACGUUA